UGCGCUGGGAAGGCUGUGCUCCGAGUGCUGCAGCAGAGUGGGUGUGUGCAGGCAGGGCUGUAUAUCCAGUCUGACGGAGGGCGUGUCGGCUCACACACCAGAGCGGAGCCCAGGGAAGGAGCACUGAGAAGCCAGCGGCACAGGGACGCAUGGCAAGGGGCACUUCUUGAGAUUAAACCCAGAACUCCAGUUGUUACUGCUGUCUUGUCCGAAGUGCAGUCUAGUGAAGUUCAGCCCCCCAAUUCUAUUUGCCACCAUGCUUCACUCGCCGCUGAAAACAGCUCUGGCUUAUGAGUGUUUCCAAGACCAGGCUAGUUCCACCCUGGCCUUACCCUCGGAUCACAAGCUGAAAACUAAGGGCACUGGAAAGCAGAGGGUCCAGGAGCAGGUGAUGAUGACAGUGAAGCGUCAGAAGCAAAAGUCCUUGUCAUCCAGCAUGAGCCACUCCAACCGAGGUUCCAUGUAUGAGGGUCUGGCUGAUGGCUAUGCUUAUGGGACAGGCCGGGGCAGCUAUUAUGCCAAAAACCAGACAGGAAACGGCACCUGGGGAUAUCCGCAGUUGUACAAUGGGACCCUUAAAAGGGACACAGAGAAUAAACGCUACAGCUCUUACAGCCAAAUGGAAGGCUGGGGCAGCAAGAACUACAACAAAAUCUGCAACACCCCCAGGGCCGGCAGUGACUACUGCUUUGCUCAGACCAUGAAGACCAGCCGGAGCGAGCCUGACCUCUGCUGUGAGCCACCCCGGGGCACUCUUAAGAGAAAUCAGGGAAACCAGGCAGGGCACAAAGCAACCCUGAAUCGCCAAAGCAUCUACAGCAGCUAUAGCACCCAGCAAGGGACUACUAGGACAAAUAAAAAAAUGGCAGCGCGUGCUCUCUCCUGUCCUUCAAGCAAUAAGCAGGAGGUGGUAUAUGCUGAGCCUAGGAUGAGCGGCAAGCAGGAGAUGGCAUACACACGGUCUCAGUCCAGCUCCAAAAUAUGCAGUGAUGAGCCAGACUAUGGUACCAUGACCAUCCAGAAAGCCAUUCAGUUCCUGUGCUCCUCGGAUGAGAAACAUCAAGCCAUGGGUGCUUACUACCUCCAGCACACCUGCUUCCAGGAUGAAUCUGCCAAGCAAGAGGUCUACCGGCUGGGUGGCAUUGCCAAGCUGGUCGAACUCCUCCGCAGCACAAACCAGAAUGUCCAGCAGGCUGCAGCCGGGGCUCUUAGAAACAUAGUCUUCAGAAAUCCAGUCAACAAGAUAGAAACCCGACGGCAGAAUGGAAUCAGGGAGAGUGUGAGCCUUCUGAGGAGAGCUGGGAACACUGAAACACAGAAGCAGCUGACAGGGCUGCUAUGGAACUUGUCCUCCACGGAUGAACUGAAAGAAGAGUUGAUACAGGAAGCCCUCCCUGUCUUGACAGAUUGUGUUAUUGUUCCUUUCUCUGGCUGGUCUGAUGGCACCAGUAAUAGGACAAGAGAAAUUAUUGACCCAGAGGUAUUCUUCAAUGCCACAGGCUGUUUGAGGAACCUGAGUUCUGCAGACAUGGGACGCCAGACCAUGAGAAACUACCCUGGCCUGGUUGAUUCAGUCAUGACUUAUGCCCAGAACUGCGUGGCUGCUAACCGACCUGAUGAUAAGUCUGUGGAGAACUGCCUCUGCAUCCUGCACAAUCUCUCCUACCGCCUGGAUGCCGAGGUGCCCAAUAAAUACACCCAACUCAACCACAUGGCCCGGAAUGCCUCCAUGGACCGAAGUCUCACAGGCUGCUUCAACAGCAGAGGAGGAAAACUGGAGGAAGAUGAGUAUAAUGUCCCUCUGCCUGAGGAGGAUUACAAACCCAGAGGAGCCAACUGGCUUUACCAUUCUGAUGCCAUCCGCACAUACCUGUCCCUGAUGGACAAGAGCAAGAAAGACUCCACCCUGGAAGCUUGUGCAGGAGCCCUGCAGAACCUCACUGCAAGCAGAGGACUGAUGUCUAAUGCAAUGAGCCAGGUGAUUGGUUUGAAGGAAAAGGGAUUGCCUCGUAUAGCACGGCUUCUCCAAUCCAACUGCUCUGAAGUUGUCCGAUCUGGGACUUCUUUGCUGAGCAACAUGUCCCGACAUCCUGUUCUCCAUAAAACCAUGGCUCACCAGGUGCUUCCAGAUGUGUCGCGUCUCCUGUCCUUCCAGAGUGCAAACACCAACACCUAUGGAGAGAUCAUGUCAUCAGCUUGCUACACUCUGAGGAACCUCAUCAUGUCCAACCCACACCUGGGCAAAUCCUACUUGACAAGCAACAUGAUAAAUAAUGUAUUAAGCCUCUGCCGAAAUGGCUCCUGCCCAAAAGCCGCUGAGGCUGCUCGUCUCCUACUGAGUGACCUUUGGUCAAAUAGGGAGCUGCAGAGUGUGCUCAAACAGCAAGGAUUUGAUAAGAACAUGAUGGGAUCCUUAGCUUCGACCACUUUCAGGACCCUGUCCUCCAGAUUUUAGAGACCUCCAGCAGAAGAUGAAGCUGCAGGGUUUAUCAUUGGUUCAUGUCUGGGAAGAUCCAAUCCACGAGGGAUUAGGCAGGACAUUAAAGAUAUACAGUGUUUCUAGAGUUAAGCUCACCUGUAAAGAUAACUAAGUACGAAAAUUUUAUGUGGACGAUACUGAUAUUUUAAAGCAUUUUCUUCAUUUCUUAGAGGGGGUGGGGUGGGGAGGGGAGUUUUCAGUUUAAAAUUUCUUGAUGUCAAAGCUUGUGUGUGUUUCUGUUCGUGUAUGUGCACACAUUCAUAUAUCUCCAUACCCAUCCACCCACAUCCAGACACACACAAGUGGACUUUUCCAGAGGGUUUCCUAGGGGGGUUAGUCCCCACAAAUUCUAUUGUAAAUCAUUGGGAGGUGUGUACCUAACCCUCUCAGGAGUUUCUGAAAACCUCAUGCUAUAUAUGCACUAACCACUGCUUUCUCAAACCCUUGUCACAACCCAUUUUUACCCAAAUAUACAAAACUACCAUGCUAUGCAUUUAUUCCAUUGUAGAUGACCACUGUAGACAGAUUCACAACACAAUGCUCCUAUUUUAGAUGGCUGGUGAUUUCUAACCUUUGUGGACAUGGGCUUCUCUCUCUGCUUUUGACUCUUUCUCAAGUCAGCUUUCAUUAGUCAGAUUUAUUAGGUAUUGGCUGUCGUAGGUCACGUGAUUUCUAAAUCUCAAGAAGCAAAUUCAUAUCUGAAAAGUAUCCCUUAAAUCACAGUCGUUAAAAAUUCUCAUCAACUGUAUGUUACAGAACAAUAUAAAUAAUUCAUGGAAGACAUUGGGGACACAAACCGUGUUGAACAUCACAACAAUUAUACCCAGCUCUAAAAAUGUUAUUAUAGUCAGCUGCCAUCUCAUCCCUGUAGCAGGCCAAGCAUGACAUUUGAUAAGCUCAGAUGCACACAGAUAAAUGCAGUUAUUUCCCACAGCUGCUGUGAAGUUUGAGUGUGGCUUGAAAGGGGAGAAAGGUAGCAUUUUUAUGACUGUGACUGAUUAGAAACCAACAUAGCAUAUUGUUAUUAAAAUGGUUUUAAACAUUGAAAAAAGCUACAUUAGGAAAUAUAUUAUGAAGUAUUUUCUAGCCCCAAGAGCAUCUUCAACUCAUCCUGUUCUACAAAGGCUGGCUGAAGUGGCAGAGGAAACCUAAAUUCCCUAUCAAUCAUUUGAUUUAUUCUUAAGUCAUUUAACAGAUCAAACAGAUGGUUCUGUCUUGCUCUUUUUCAAAAAGAUCUCUCCCCAGGCUUUUUUGGAAGCAUGUCUCCCUUGGGGAAAGGAUUGAUGAACUUAUUGAGUACAUAUGUGCUAAUUGUCUUACAUGCAAUACUGUUGCAUGGUGCAACUCUGAUGGAGCACAGGCAUUUUAUAAAUUCUGGGGUUGAGUGGGACUUGCUGAAAACAAGCACUAUGGAAAUGAGCCAAGAAAGGGAAACAAUGCAAGGGUUUGUUGGGUGUUUUUUUGGUUGUUGUUUUUUGUUUUGUUUUGUUUUGUUUUGUUUUGUUUGGGGGGGGGGGCUACAGUUUGGAGGCAAAAGGACAGAGCCAGCUCUUCAGCUGGUGGAAAUCAGACCGACUCCGUCAGCUUAAAUUAAUGUCAGUAAAUUUGCAUGAACUGAUAAUCUUCCUCAAAGAGUUUACAUUUGCCCUGGUCUGGCUGUUCUCUAGGUCUGAGCAGAGAGAUAGAUAAUUUAGAAAUUGCACCUUCUUGUAUUGGUAUGAAGUAUGACUAUUCAGCCAAGGCACAAAUGCAAGAAAGGAAUGGUAAAAUGCAGGGGUGGCCAACCUGCAGCAUGGGUGCCACAAGUGGCAUGGCAGCUAGGCCUGUGCGAAGC